AUUUAGCAACAUGAAUUCUCCCAAUAAACUUCAACCUAAGGUGUUUCCUAGUGCUGUCCAAAGGAAAGAGUCUAAAUCAUUGGACGAUUGGGACAUUAGCGAUAAUGUCCUCUCUGAGGCUUGAACCAGAGUCUCAAAGAUUAAAUCAGGCGUUCAAAGAGGUUCUGGAAUUCGAUUUACAGGAGAUAAAAAUUUUGCAAGUCACCAUAGUCCCUGAAUAAAUGAAGCUGAGACCAGAAAACACUUGAAGGAAGAAGAAAAAUCACCUCAAUUUCAUAAAUCAAAGCUUAAAAUGCAAAGUGUGAAAUCAAAUUCGAAUUAUAAAUCAUGCAGAAAGAACUCUAAAGAUGUUUCGGAAGAACGUCCUCAGAGUUUAAAGUCUGAGAUAAGUAGUCUGCUGCAGAAACUUAUCAAGAAGAAGACUAAAGUCGGCUCUCCUUUACUUUGAAAUCAGAAUUCCAAACUUACAGAAGUGAAGAAGAGUACACAUCUUAAGGGCAAUUAACUGAACCUUUAUAAAUUGAAAAGUUUGAACAAUAUUCCUCUCGAUUCACAAUUCUGAUUUUGGGGCGAUUUUGUCAUAGUGUGCUGGCAAAGCAAAAUGUCUGAAUAGUGAUAAUAAUCUUUGAUUGACCUUAAGAUGUAUACAUGCAAUGAGCAUGUUCGCAGCUUGUCUCCCAUCAAGGACCCC